AUGCUCUUCAAAAAUCAAAGACAAAACUCAAAAAGGACAAACGUCGUUGUUUCAACCAGCAGACGUGAACAGCUCCUCCAUUCUGAUGUCCUCCGGUGGCUUACGGGAUUUACCCAGUUCCACACCAUAGUAUGCUUUUUGUAUUGAGGUUCCCAGGUACGAUAAUUAUAUUAAUUUGAGCAGCACGUUUACCCCUCGAUAUAGGGCAACGACGGUCUCUAGGUAUACUACUAGUAUUCAUUUGGAUUACCUAUCAACCUGAACUUGGAUCCAGGCAGCUGCGUCCUUAGCGGAAACAACAAUGCUAUAACAGCGAUUGGAAUACAGUGCUAGUACUUGCCAGAAACUGCCAUGUCGGAGAGCUACCAUUCGCUGCUUAGCUGGUUCCAUGCAGAAGGUGGAUAUAUUCAUCCAGCUGUAACAGUGACUAGCCUGGGAGAGUUUGGCAGAGGAAUCGUAGUCACCGGUAGCGAUAGGGUGAAGGAAGGAGAGACGCUGCUGUCGAUCAGCAACUCGAGCAGGUCCUUGCUACGUGCCAGCAAUACAGCUCAUAGCAUAGUGCUCUCAGUGAUAGAAGAUGACCAGUACUCCGACUGGUGGGAAGCAUCACUGCUUGUGCUGGCUGAAUGCGUUCGGCACGACUCGCUCUGGCGACCGGUAUUCCAGGAAGCCCCGAAUGAGUACACAUGUGCUGUGUACUGGACUGACGAAGACUUGGCAGAACUAACUGGUGCUGGCAGCUCCUGGCUAUUAGAGCAGGUCAAUUUUGAACGGCGCAAAUUACAGGAAGAGUAUCUGGCCGUGAAGAGGCUCAUACUCGACUACUAUGAUAAGGAGAGCAUAUUUCCAGAAGCAGCCAGUACAUUUGAGAACUACAAGUGGAUGCGAGCAUUUUUGAAAACACGUGGCUUUGAUUUUGAGGUGAAGGGCAAAGACAUUUCCGUAGUUGCUCCGGUGUUCGACAUGCUCAACCAUAGCUCAGAGCCUACUGUAGUCAACACCAGAAUAGUACUGAACCUGGAAGACGACAUAGUCAGAGCUAUAGCCAAACGGGACCUGAAUAGAGGAGAACAACUGCUGAUCUGUUAUGAUGAUACAUCAACCAAUGCUGACCUUCUGUGCCGCUAUGGAUUCAUUCCGGAUGGCAAUCCCAACAAACGUGUUGCUUUACCCGUCUUGAAGAACCUGCCCGGGUGUGAGGAUUUGGCAUCCGAGUCGCUGUGGGUACAAUCCAGUGGCAAGAUCUCGCCUUCGUUGUACGCCCUGCUGGAUCAGUACUUCGGUUCAGAUCUGAAGAGUCUAUACGAAGCUCUGCUGGCUAAUGUCGCUCGCUACUUACAGUCAUGGUCGCAUUCAGUUGAUCACUACAGAACAACUGCCAAGGUUGGUUCCACCUACGUAAGCCGGUGUAUUGCCAGUGUGUUCGCCGAGGAGCAUGAUAUCCUUACAGCGUUUCACACGGCAGUGAGCAGACACCUUACUGGUGACUCGUUGGACGUGCUCUACCAGCUGUGUCAAUGAGUAGGCCUCACCGGGUACAGAAGAACAGAAUCAAACUACUAGGUCCUUGUUCCUGGGGUAAGACCUAUCUAGCACUUUAGUUAAACAUGCCUUGAAUCGCAGGAGUGACUGCACACUAAAGUGAGCGAAUUUGAAACGAUUGCCCCACAUCAAGUUGAUGGUUGAUCGCUAACCUCUGACACACAGGAAGAACCGAUAGUGUAGCUCUGAAAUGUGGUCUUACGGAAAGCACUCAUCAAGAUGCUCUCAUUGCCUCUACCUAUUUAUCCUCAUUGCCAAUGUACUGUCCACGCUAGCUACCAUUUCCAACGCACAUAAAUUUCUUGAGAAUGUAUUUAGCAGUACCAGUACAAGCAACGUUAUGCAGCCGCUUGAAUGCUAUGUCUCCGGGGAUAUGCAAGAGAAGAACCUGUUGUAAUCACGGCCAUUCGUACUCGCCGUGGAAGCACCUGAUUGCCACUAUUAUCCCGUACACACAAGCAUCAUCUCCCGUCACGUAGUAUUUCACAGGCGAUAUGAUCACAGUUUUAUUUAGAGCUACUCCAGGGGAUGCUGCGCUUCUUUAUACCACAAUGUAGACCUUGUCGCAAUUCAGAUGCACGUCUUUUUUUUACCAACGGCAAAUUGUACUUCUCCUCUAUUUCAUUUGCAGCAUGUCUAACUGAAAUGGCGCCUGUUUCUUUUUGGAUUUGAGUCUUUACAAACAACAGCCGCUCGUGCACCCGUGCUAGCGUUUUAUCCGUUCACUUUUUAUUCGGCACUUAUUCAUCCUCCCGUAACUCCCAUAGUUCUAGCCCAUGCUAACAGUUCACAACUUAUACGCAAUUCGUUUGUGUUUUUGAUUCAGCAUUUUCUUUAUUUACAUCAAAUGCUCGUUAUUAUUUGUACACCAUCCCCGUUGAAAUUCCUAUGUGUCCAGUGUGGCAUACUGGAGCUAGGCCGUUGCCAUUGA